GGCCGUGCAGGAGAGGAAGGGGGAGUGACCACACCACACCCACCGCAUUCAGCAUCCGGGAAGGAGGGGAAGCAAGCCAGCAAGAAUCCGACGCCAUAAUGGAGGGAGAGGAUUAGAGGAAGGAGCAGCGUGCUGAGGCUUAAAGGAGACACCUUUGCUGCUGUUCUUGGAGCUUUCGGGCGUUCUUGGGGGCUUCCCUGCCAAAAUGGCCCAUAAAGGGGUUCCUAAAUUUGGAAGCUGGGAGGAUGAGGACCGUGGUGAGCACCUUUACACACAGUAUUUUGAAAACGCUCGCAAGGGUAAAUCUCCAGGAAGGUCUGUUAAUCCAAACGGAGAUACUGAAGCGCUCUCAAAGGCCUCUCCCCUGCAGACUGGAUCUGAUCCAGCAGUGAGAAAGCCCAAGGAUGAAAGACGCUCAAGCCGAGAAGAUGAUCUUCGUCAGCAUGAAACCGCUGUUCGAAAACCCUAUGCUGAGUCACCUAAUCAUAGAUACGGAGAUCAUGCUAACCACGACAAUGCAGCAAGAAAGACAGGCAUAGAAAAAUCACCCCUUCAUCCUCGUCACCAGGCAAGAGUUGCAAACAAGGGUGCAGUUUCAUCUCCUUCACGGGAUCGUAGGGGUUCAUCAGAAGGAAACCGUGGAUCUGCUCCCACUACACCUGGAAGGUCCAAGUUCAGAUCAACUGGCCGUGGUGAUGAGACGCCUGAGAGAGGAUCAGCCGUGCCAAAGUUUGGAGAAUGGGAUGAGAAAGAUCCUUCUACAGGUGAAGGUUUCACUGACAUAUUUGAGAAGGUGAGGGAGGAGAAACAGUCUGGUAGCAACGCGCCUGUGAUUACCAGCGAGGCAGAUUAUAUGAAACGCUAUCAACAACACAAAUAUGAAUCCACAGGCUGCUCAUGCUUCGGUUGGUUCAAGAACUGAACUGACUGUCAUCCUGCCAAUCCCGUCAGAGAGCCCUACGUAAAUUUGUGUUGAAUGUAUCAUUGUGAGAUGAAUACCUCCAAAUCUGUUGUUGUUGAGAUAUUGGGGACAUGUAUCUACAUGAAUUCGACGAUUUUUGUUGAGCAA